GUAUUGGUCCAAUGAAAUGUCAGUCAGCUGGAGGAACCGCCCUGCAGUGAAUAUAAAGGCCUGUCUGGGUGCAGGGAGGUGAGGCCCUGCUGCAACAUCAUCUCCUCUCAAGAUCUGACCAACGACAUCAAGCAAAGAUGCAGAAAGGAAUGAUUGUGAAGAACAUGUCCUUCAAGGUCGGACAGACCUUGACGGUUGUCGGAGUCCCCACUCCUGAUUCUACAAAUUUUGCCAUCAACAUCGGCAAUGAUGACCAGGAGAUCACGAUGCACAUUAACCCUCGUUUCAAUGCCCAUGGAGACGAGAACACGGUGGUCUGCAACUCCUACCAGGGAGGCAACUGGUGUGAGGAGCAUCGAGAGGGCGGCUUCCCCUUCCGCCAGGGAGAGGAGUUCACGGUCAUCAUUGAAUUCACUCCAGCCGAGUUCGUGGUGACUUUAUCAGAUGGCUCUGCAAUCCACUUCCCCAAUCGCAUUGGUGCAGAGAAAUACUCAGUCUUGAACUUUGACGGGGAUGUUCGCAUCACGAGUUUGCAGAUUAAGUAGAUCUCCAUUCUCCCAUAAUUUGCUAGAUUAAAUUUAAAAAGACUUUUGCUAAGUUUGUCUGUUUUUUUAGUUCCUGAAUGCAUGAGGUGUAGCCUCAAAUGCUUACCACGUUACUCUGCAAGAUCAAAUUUCAGUGAGCUGAGAGCAGCAAGCAGCCACUUUUAGAAUAUACAAAGUCACAGUAGAUCUGCAACUGUAACUUUAAAAUUUACUGCACAUUUGACAAUUACUCCUGAAGUAGUUUCAAGCCUUAGUGUCUUUGUUGACACUUUGUUGACAUGAACCUGUUUUGUUAGAUAGAACUUCAUAAAAUGUGCCAAAGCUUUAUUCUCUGUGCCUUGAAGUGUUUCACAGUUUGCUUUCCAAGACAUUCCACAUUUGUAAUUGGCUAUAAUGCUUACAUGGAACAAUGCCUAUUAAAAAUGUCUCCUGAUGAAA